AUGGCUUCCUCUUACUCGCCAACUGCCAUCAUCAUUGGCGCUGGCCCUGGUGGUAUCUCAAUGGCGUACCGGCUGAAACAUGAAUUGGGCUACGACGACUUUCUUCUAGAUGGCGUGGGGGGCACAUGGCGAUCCAAUACUUAUCCCGGAUGUGGCUGUGAUCUUCCCUCUCAUCUUUACUCUUUCAGUUUCAGUCUGAAUCCAAAUUGGUCUAAAGAACUCUGUGAACAACCUGAAAUUCUGCAAUACAUUGAAGAUACUGUUGAUAAAUUUGACCUACGACAACAUGUCAUCACCUCUGUGGAGUGCCUAGGCGCCUCUUGGGUUGACGACAAAUCGGAGUGGGCUGUGCGGUUUCGUGACCUGCAGACUGGGCUCGAGUUUGAGCGUCGUGCUACUAUAUUCGUUUCGGCUGUCGGUGCCAUUUCGUUUCCCCGGGACGUCAAGUUCAAAGGAAUGGAGGACUUCAAGGGCGAGAUGUUCCACACUGCACGAUGGGAUCAUUCCGUUGAUUACACUGGCAAGCGAGUGGCUGUAAUUGGAAACGGCUGUAGUGCUGCCCAAGUUGUGCCUGCGCUUGCUGAAAAAGCAGCCGCAGUACAGCAAUACGCACGCAGUGCUCAAUGGUAUCAUCCUCGUCCAAACAAAUCGUUUUCGCAGAUUCAAAAGCGAGCUUUCCAAUGGCUGCCUUUCUGGCAACGCUGGCUCCGACUGCGGAUCUUUCUGCAAGCAGAGCUAGAAUCCUACACCUAUUUCUCUUCACCAGAUGGUGUCAAAGCCAGGCUUACGGCAGAGGAAGAAUCCAAAAAGUACAUUCUCUCUCGUACUCCGCAGAAGUACCAUGAGGCGAUAGUACCUAAUUUUCCGUUGGGCUGCAAAAGACGGAUCUUCGAUCCGGGUUACCUAGAUUGUCUCCAUCAAACCAACGUCGUGCUUCGCAGUGAAGGGAUUCAACAGUUCACUGAGACCGGUAUCAUCGGCUCCUCCGGUGUUGAAGAAGCGUUCGAUAUUAUCGUUCUUGCGACCGGCUUUCAAGUCUCACAGUUCCUGGCACCAAUGGAAAUAUAUGGGAGGCAUGGAAUUUCCCUAAACAAACAGUGGGAUGAAUCCAAGGGCGCGCAGGCGUAUUACGGCACCUUCGUUCACAAUUUCCCAAAUUUGGGCAUUAUCUUUGGCCCCAACAGUUUCCCUGCGAACAAUUCUGCUUUGUUCGCCUGUGAGACCCAGGUGUGCUUUGCUAUCAAAGCCCUCUUCGAGCCGAUUUUGGAUCGUAGAACUAAGCUGGUGGAAGUGAAGCAGUCGGCAGAGGAAAGGCAUACAAUCUCCAUCCAAAAGCAGCUCAAGAGCACUGUGUUCGCGGGAGAUUGCUCAAACUGGUACAUCAACGAUCACGGUAGGAAUUCUGCUUCCUGGCCAGCGAAGGCAGCCUUUUUUUGGCUGGAGACGUACAUUCCGAAUCGGAAUGCGUUCCUUUGGAAAAAUGGAACAGCAGCUUGGCCUCUCUACCGAUCUGUUAGGUGGCUGAAAAUGGGUUCGUGGCUUUCUAAGGCCAGUCUUGUGGCGGCAAUUGCGAUCAUCUUGUCGCGAAGUGGAUUUGGUGGUUGUCUGGAUGAUACUGUGGCUGGAGUUGUCAAAGGUUUGCGUGCGCAAGUGCAUACUCUUAUUUCUUCUGCUAAGUAG